AUGUGGGUGCUGCGCAGCGUGUACUUCCGUGAGGUGACGGUGGUGGGGCGCGAAAACAUCCCUCGCACCGGUGCCGUCGUCUUCUACGGCAAUCAUCAAAACCAGUUUAUCGACGCGCUCAUGAUGCACUCGCACUGCGGCCGGCCUGUUCGCUUCCUCAUGGCGGAGAAGUCCUUCCACAGACCUGUUAUUGGGACCUUAGGACGCAUAUUCAACUCCGUCCCGGUUGUGCGACCACAGGAUGUGCCGCUGGUCGAUGGCGACGGAAAGCUUGUGAGGACCGAGGGGAAGCUCAUCGUCGGCGCCGGAACACACUUCUCGCGACUCUCCAAGGGUGACGUUCUCAUCUGGGGAGUCCCCGGCAACGCCAAGUGCCGUGCGCAGGUGAGCCGCAUCACCUCCAACGAGGAAGUGGAGGUGACGGUGCCGAUCCCGGCGGAGCACGAGGUACACACCCCCACCAGCUUCAAGUACUCAGUGCGCAUCGACCACUCUGAAAUGUACGCCCAGGUGUACGACACGCUGCAGAAGAAUCAAUGCAUCGGUAUCUUCCCCGAAGGCGGCUCGCACGACCACACAUCACUCCUGCCGCUGAAAGCCGGUGUGGCCCUUUUCAGCCUCGGCGCGGCGGAGCGGCACAUCAGCGUGAAGAUCGUGCCUGUGGGCCUGACGUACCUCUACGGGCACAAGUUCCGCAGCCGAGCGUAUAUUGAGUUCGGUGAGGCCUUCUCGCCUCCGGACGACCUGGUAAAGCUUUUUGACACAGACAAGCGCAAGGCGACAGGGCUGUUUCUCGAGCAGCUGAACGCGGCCCUGCGGGCUGUGACGAUCAACGUGCCGGACUACAAAACGCUGAACUUCCUGUACUCGUUCCGGCAGCUUUAUCAGCCGCCGAACUGCAUGCUGUCCGGGCACGACUACCUGCGACUCAUCCGCCGGCUAGGCAACGUCAUCGAGGAGCAACGCGAGAACAGCGAAUUCGCGGAGUUCCGUGAGAAGGUAGAGAACUACUCGGACUUCUGCAAGGCGCUGAUGAUCCGCGACAGCCAGGCGGCAACGCUGAAGCAGCUCCUUAACGGCGACAACGAGGCGCUGCAGAUUGGGCUGCUGCUGCGUCGCGUGUUCGCCUUGUACUUGAUGGGGGUCAUACUCGUCCCCUUCUUCGUUGUAGGCCUGCCGAUCGGUGGCAUUAUCAAGUACCUGGCCCUCAAGCAAACAAAGCGCGCGCUUUCGGAGAGCUCCGUCAAGAUCGUGGGUGCGGAUGUCACUGGAUCCUUCAAGGUGCUCUUUGCCUUUGCGGUGGUACCGGGGGCAUUCCUGCUGGUGACGUUCAUCGUCUUCCUCUACUCGGACACCCGCACGGCGCUGGUGAUUCUCUUCUCGCUUCCCAUGGCCAUGUACGUCUCAUUGCUCAUUCUUCAAGAGGCCAUCAUGGAGCUGCGAGCCGCGCUCCCGCUGCUCAUGUCGCUGGUCUCGCAGCACAUGCAGUUCAAAAAGCUAUACGAGCGCCGCGAGGAUCUCGCCAGGCAGGCACGCCUCAUCGUCCACAAGUACGACCCACAUCUGGAGGAGGAAAUCAAGGUGUAUGGCGACGCCGGUGACAGCUUCGACGACCCAAUCCGCGAGCCGUCGCUCUUCUCUCUGCGCUACAACGUGCGACGCCGGCAGGCCACGAACUCGUGA